AACAAUAGCAAAUUAUCAACGGGAGAAGGGCGUUUUGGUAAAUUAAAGUGGUGUUUCGUAUAUAAAUCGCGUUGCUAUUAAGCAUUUGUGGCAGAAAUUUCUAUCGAGAAAACUUCAACCCGAAGCUCAAACAAACAUCUCUUAUCAUGGUUUCUUCGGAUCCCCGAGAGGAAGUCCUUCAAGCAUGGUAUAUGGAUGAUAGCAAGGAAGAUCAACGGCUUCCCCAUCACAAAGAACCCAAGGAGUUCGUCUCAUUGGAUCAACUUGCUGAGCUUGGAGUCCUUAGCUGGAAAUUAGACGCCGAUAACCCUGACACAGACCCAGAGCUGAAGAAGAUCCGUGAAGAACGCGGUUACUCUUACUUGGAUGUUUGUGAGAUCUCCCGAGAAAAGUUGCCAAAUUAUGAUGAAAAGAUCAAGAACUUCUUUGAAGAGCAUCUGCACACUGACGAGGAGAUCCGUUACGCCGUUGCUGGAAGUGGUUACUUUGAUGUAAGGGAUCGCAAUGAGGCUUGGAUUCGUGUAUGGGUGAAGAAAGGGGGAAUGAUCAUUUUACCUGCUGGAAUUUAUCACCGUUUUACAUUGGAUGAGGGCAAUUAUAUUAAGGCUAUGCGAUUUUUUGUUGGUGAACCAGUUUGGACCCCAUACAAUCGCCCACACGACCAUCUCCCUGCAAGAGGGGAAUAUAUCAAGAAUUUUGUGGAGAAGGAUGUUGCCAACCAUACUGUUGACGCCACUGCAUAAUUUGGUUUCUGCUUGAUUGUAGCAUGGGAUAAAAAGGACUAAGGCUUUGAAUACUAAAAUGGUGUUUAAAAAUAAUAAUAAUGGUCUCUCAAACAAAGAGGCCCGUCCUCUUUUGUUUGGUAUUUAAGCUUGGAUGUUGGUUAUAUUUCAUGCUAUCAUGUUUGUUACCUGUGUUGUAUAAUUAAAAAUUGUAUUUACAAGUAUUGUUGUUAUUUUCAGUGUUGGGGACAGAAUAAACAUACAGAAAUUGAAUGUUGGUAUAAUAUAAUGUGUUGUUUUGGUUGCA